AUGAUCGAGAUUCGAGACCUCGAAGCUUAUCAGGCGCGAGAACGACACCCAUUGAAUAGUAUUGAUAGUGUGCCCGCGAGGUCGAGUAGGCGUGCAAGCGCCUACUCGAGAAUUGCAGGAAACGGUAGUUUGACUCUUGAGCAGGCAGACCCGGAGCAGGCCAUCCUGUGGACACUGGACAGAGCCGGGCUAUACCGGACUUCCAAGUUCCCCCAGGGACAAGACUGCGACGUAGCAGGACGGUCCCACCGGAAGGCAGCUGUCGAGACCAUUGCCGAUAGGGCCAAAAUCCUCGUGAUGGUCCGAACAGCCAUAGCUAUCUUGUCCGGCUCCGGCAAUUCCGUCCGGAGGUGUCUGCCGGACGGACUGGUCUACCAAAAAUUGGCGGACGGGACGGACUACUUUUAUCCCGUCCUCCAAAAGACACGGACGGGACUGGAUCUUGGCAGUCCGUCCCGUCCGGACUGCAGUCUGGACCGGACUAUCGAGAACACUCUUCUUUCGUUUGUGUCCUUGUCGUCUUUCUCUCGUUCAUCGCUCAUGUCGCACAUUCUCCAAGCCUACACCCACGCCCUCGACCUCCCCGGCCUAUACACCAAACCCUCCUCGACCACGCUCCUCUCAAUCCUAUCGCAAUUCACCCUGCCCCCGCCAUCAUGGGACAAGCCCGCCACCACCAGCACCUCGCACGACGCCGCUCCCAGCGGCUUCGAUAAAUGGCUCGUGUCGGUGAUCGCGUCGCCCCUGCACUGGCUGACCGAGGAAGAAGCCGAGGUCAUCCGCGACUCCGCCGCGGGGCGGAUCGCCGAGCGCUGCGGGCGCUCAGCGCGCGGGAGCAUGCAGCGCGUUUUCCGCAUUCCUCUGCCGGCGGCGGCGCAGACGCAGUACUCUUCCCUCGCGGGCUCGGGCGAGGACUCCCCCGGCUCGUCGGGCGUGAAUACCCCAGCGUUGCAGGAAGAGGAGCGGGAACACGAGGGGCACGUCGAGAUCACACUGCACGAGCCCGCGCUGACGGCCGAUAACCUGGGGCUCAAGACGUGGGCGUCGUCGUACCUGCUGUCGAAGCGGCUGUGCGCACUGGGGCUCCCGGCGGCGGCGCGGGUGCUGGAGCUUGGCGCUGGCACGGGGCUGGUGGGGCUCGCGGCCGCCGCGACGCUCCCGAACGUCGAGGAGGUGCUCCUGACGGAUCUGGUGGAGAUCGUACCUAAUCUGAUGAGGAAUAUUGAUGCGAAUAGAGGACGGUUGCCGCUGGGUGCCGAGGUGGGCGCUCGGGUGCUCGAUUGGAGGGUUAUCCCUAACCCGCUGCCGGGUGAACAGGAGAAGUUUGGGCUUGUGGUCGCGGCGGAUCCGUUGUAUUCGCCUGAGCAUCCGGGGUUGUUGGUGGGCAUGGUGGGGACGUGGCUGAAGCAGUGUGCAAGCGCCAGGGCGGUCGUCGAGAUGCCGCUUAGGGAGGGAUAUCAGGCUGAGCGGGAUGACUUUAAGGCGCGGAUGUUAGCGCAGGGAAUGAAGAUUGUGGGCGAGGGGGUGGAGACGGGGUGGGAUGACUGGGGGGCCAAGGGGGGCGAGGUCCGGUGUUGGUGGAGUAUAAAGGCCACGAAUCACGAUGCGAUCCGGUCACCAAAAUAA